GUUUUCGAGCGGAAAUGAUGAUCGUCUCAUUGGAGACUUUGUGCCGAGUAUAGAGGAAUAGAGCAAGGCAGAAGAGACCCAGAGGAUAAGGCGGGUCGCUUCUUCACGCUAUAGCAUAGGAACCAAGCCAAAGCACAGAAGGGAGGGAAAAAGAGAGGAGAGCCACGAUGAUGCCCGCCGCCGCCGCCACCAGCACUGGCGGGUUCCGCCUCGUGCUCCCCGCGGCGCACAGGCGGCCGCCUCCGCUUCCUAGUCUUGCAAUCAGCUCCGCUAGAGGAGGACAAGGAGGAGGAAAGCUACGAGCGGCCGCAGAAGCGGCAUCAGGAGACGUCGUCGUCGCCGGCGGUGGCGGCGGCGCGCUGCUGGGGCGGCCCCUGGAGGACGUGUACAAGGUGCGCGUGGAGCGCGGCGCGGCGGCGCGGGCGCGCGCGGCGGCGCUGCGCAUGAUGGAGACAUGGUCGUUGUGGCGCACGGGCGGGCGGUGCCGGAUGCCGUGGGACUGGCAGGUGGACCAGCUCGUGUACAUCGUGUCCGGCGAGGUCAAGGUCAUCCCCGCCGGCGCCGUCCACGGCGACGACUACAUGCACUUCGUCGCUGGGGACCUCGUCAGGUACCCGCGCUGGUUCGAGGCCGACCUCUACUUCGACGGCCCCUACGAGGAGCGCUACCGCUUCCUCGCCUACGGAGACGACAACUAGGCCCCUAGUCUUCAACAUGCUCAUUGUCAGCAGCUUAUCCUGUACUCUUAUCAUUUCUUGUUUCAGCUUUACUAGUUUUUAGGCUUAUUGUUAGGUACCCUACCCGUUGGAGAAACAUACGCAGUUAACUGAUCCAUGCAUUAGUAUUUGUGUGAUAGAAGCGAAUAUGAAUCAAACAGAAUAAAAACUUAAACCUAUCCUUCCAA